AUGGCGACCGCAGAGACCGUGGCCCCCGACCUGGAUGAGCCCAUCUCUCCGCGCCAACCGGCUCCCGCCCCGAAUCUUGAGCAGUCGAUCCAGUCGGUCGUCAGUCAUCUUUCUACUCUCGACCGAGGCGCUGAUCCCGACGCGCAAGCUACUGUGACCGACUUUCUCGAUUUUACCGAGUAUCUGCCUGCAGAUAUUACCCGCUCUCUCAACCUGAUCACCGAACUCGACCAGCGUUACAUCGAGGCAUCGACCAAGGUCCAUGAGCUCACCAAGCUUUGGGGCCGGCUGCCCAGUAUCCCCCCGGCAGAACGUCCAGACCCCGUGCAUCUGCGCAAGGAGAUCUCGGAAUAUAUGCGGUACGCAAUGGAUGCUCGCGCCUCUUCGCUAGCCGAAGCCCGUCGCAUGGCCGAGAACGUCAAACGUCACCAUGUCCGCGCGAAGAUUAUACUCAAGAAGCUCGAGAACAUGUACGAGAAUUACCAUAUCCUCGAAGAGCAGCAACAACAGAUCAACAAGUCGCCCCAAGCGACGAGGACACAGAAACAGAAAGCCCGCCGACCCCGAGUCCCACGCAUCACCGUCCCGGGCGAAGUCCUUGCACCCUACGAGCUGGACUACAACGGAUAUAGCACAGAUUCGGAGAGUAGUUCGGAGGAGGAGAAGGAAGUUGGGCAGGCACAGCCAUCGAAUAAGCUAACCCCCGCACCACAAGCACGGAUAAAGGUGGUGAAGGGAUCUACGGCCAGGGCACCGAAGCCUGCGAGAGCCCCUCGCUCCAGGAUCUCUGGUCCUCUUCCCAAUGUGCCUAGUGGCAGCGGCACUCAGCUUUCCACGAGCGCUGCGAUGGCGCAGUUAAAGCCUCCUCCUGAGAAUGCUGAGAUUGGCGGACCCGAUGCCCCUUGGGGCCAGCUCACUCCGUACGAGCUUGCACGGCUUAGAAAGCGCAUGAAGAAAAAUGCCUCGUGGACCCCAAGCGAUACCAUGGUUGCGAGAGAAUUGAGCUCACUGGGACGUGGCGUGGAGGCUUACAAGGCUGCCAAGCUUAAGGCAGAGCAGGAAGGAAGACCAUUUGAGGGCAAGCUACCCCAACCUGUCAUCGACCCAGAGACUGGCGAGAAACGGAUGCCGCCUGGCGCUUUGACGUUAGAGGCUUUGACUAGGGAAGAAAACUCUCUGAGCAACCGUGGCAUGAAGUUAAACGAGGCCAAGAAGUUGAAGCGCGAGAUGUUGGCCAAGAUGGCCGCUGAGGAGGCCGAGGAAUCUGCAAGGCGCUUCGAUGCCAUUGCCAGAACUCUCAUGUCCUCUGAUGCUACGUCAGCCGCCGUCCCUGUUGUUCAGGAGCAGCCAAAGCCGGCCACUGGGCGUAAGACCCAGAGGAAGCGCAAGAGAGACGCUGCGGCGCUCGAAGCUGAAGCCGACAAAGGAGAGGCAACCGAUGGGCAGGCCCAGAGGCCUCAGCUGAAGCGUACCAAGACCGAGACGCCGGUGCCUCCUCCAGUAAUUACACCGAGCGGCGCUCAACUUCCCUCUGUCGAGACCUCCGUGUCCAUUCCACGCCGGACAUCAACAGCAGGCGUAUUGCAAUCAACAUCCCCGAUCCCCAUCCCUAUCCCUGCUCAAGCAGCAGAACAAACCAUAACAGCUAAGCCAGCAGUGCCAGCCGUAUCGUCGGUUUCUCCUGCUAGCACAGGUCCUGCAAGCGCUGCUCCAUCUGUCCGCCUUCCCACUUCCGAGACUCCUAUCCCCCCUCCCGUCAUUUCGCCGAAGAAAUCCACGACACCGAUUCUGCCGCCGGUUCGUGAAACCCGUAAAACUCAAGCUGCUCGAUUGCAGGAACAGCAACAACUGCAGGCUGGUGCAGCAGCAGCUGCUGCCUCGGCGCCUACGAGCGCCGCACAACGCAUGACAUCCCUUUCAGGAAGCCCUGAGGCUUCAGCAGUGCUUAAAACUGAGCCCGAGAGCGCUACUGCGGCAGUAACAACAACAACAACAACAACAACAACAACAACAACAUUAACGACAUCAAGCACAACUGCGAUGACCACCAAGCGCCCCACGUCUCGAGGCAAGGGUGCAGCCGCUGAACCCCAGCCGACAGCAGCCUCGGAACGGCCCCGACGCUCUAGUACCGCGCGGAACACGCCUGCUCCGGAGGCUGCGGGCACAAGUGGAGGGACAGGCGCCACAAGCGCAAUAGCAGCAACUGAAAGCGCUGGUGCGGCUACAAGGCAGGCGAGCAAACGCUCCAAGAGGCCUGCUCCGGGCGUCAUCAGCCGGACGAACAGCGGGGGAAGCAGUGCUGUCGGAACGAGGAAGGCUGCGCCUAGGAAGAAGAGCACCUCGACCCGUGGAGGCAGCAGGAGAGGUGCCACGGCUGCGGCUGCUGUUGCCGCAGCUGAGAACGCGACGGGAGAGGCGUAUGAGGUGGAAGUGGAUGAUGAAGGGAAUGUCAUUGAUCCCGAUGAGCCCAGGUAUUGCAACUGCAAACAGGAGUGGUUCCAUCUCGAAUGCGUUGGGCUGUCGGGUAUCCCGGCUCGCACAACUAAGUGGUAUUGCCCGGAUUGUCGGAAAGCUCUGGGCAUUGGAGAGAAGGGUGAAGUCAAUGCUAGGGGGGUGAAGACCUAG